UGACAGCUACAUCUUCCGGCGGACUAGGGAUGUCAAGGAGUUGUUCCGCUGUCAGCUGAAAAUGGACGCGGAUACAGAGAAAACUCAGAUCGUCGGCGCGGGUAAAGCUACAUCUGCAGGCCCGCUAUAUCAUGACAGUACGCAGACUCCUCUAAUGAGGGGUUUGCAACUUACAUUUGUGUCUCUUGUGGUGCUGAUGGUUUUGAUAAGCAUUAUUUUGAGUAUUGCUCAGAGCGUCCAAGUCCCCAUGAACACUGGUGUGUACUUGCUGCUAGGAAUAAGCCUGCUGGGGUUUGCUGUUAUUGAAGUGAUUUUGAUUGUAUUCAUUCGCCAAGGUGAGCUUCCCAAAGAAAGAAUGUGGUUUUUGUAUGUUGUUGGAUUCUGCAUUCUAUUAGAGGCUAUUUUUACAGAUAUACUUCUUUAUCAGCAAGGAAAAUAAGAGAGUGGGAGGCAGCUAUUCUGAUAGUGUCACCAUAUUAGUUGAAAGGACUUGGAUUUGCAGGAAUGGACUGAUUUACACCCUUUCAGCUGUUGACUAUUUAGCUGCUUUUAUAAAGGGUGUAUGAUUUUCAAAAAUCUUCCAAACAUUUACUGUGAUUUGCAAUAUGCAGGGCAUAUUGCAUCUUUUAAAGAUAUUUAAAAGUGGUUUUGUAAAAUAGUUAAAAAGAUGAAUGAGAAAACAGUACUUAUUGUGAAAUACAAAGUAUAAGUUGCCUGCACUGUGUCUCCUUUUGAUUAUUAGUUGAGAUAUUCCAGUGGUAGGAACUUGUUGGAAAGGAAAUCAUUGAGUUGAACAAGCAUCAGUAUGAGUUGUGGAGUAUAAUAUUGUAAGUGCACCCCUGGGCCCAGUUUCAUCAAUACAGGAUAGCGCUAUAUGCUGUGGAUAACACUAUCCAUCAGAUUAAAUUGUUAUCCUCUGGGCAAUUAUGCUGUGGGUAAAGUAAUGUUUAGUUAACAGCAAAUUCUUAUUUUUGUCUCAGAUAUUGCUUUCCAGUGGUUAAAAAAAGGCUGCUGUCCUCAAGAUAACUGUCCAGUGGAUAAUAAUUUUAUCCAAAGGAUAGUGUUAUCCAUAGGAUAACCACUAUCCAGUGUUGAUGAAAUGGGGCCCAGUAGAGCAAUCUUUCACACUGAAGUGACAUUUGCAUUGGAACUGAUGACAUGUUCCCAUUGCCAAAUUUGCUUAAAUUUUCAUUCCACACAGAGGAAUUCUUUAUUAUGAAACAUGAGUCUCGUAAAUGAUCAACUAUUACCAUGAUUUGGUAUUUGAUUUCACUUUUGGAUUAUACUGUUAUGUCAAAUUAUUUUUAUUACUGUUUCGUAUGCAUAAUUGACUGAUUUGCAAAGAGAUUCAUUGUCUACUACAUGUACAGUAGGUUCUACUUGCUGUUCAUCUUUACAAAAUUUGUAUUUUGUUUGAAUGUGAAUAAAAUAUAUAUUUCUGUAACAUUGUGAUUGAUUAAAUGUUUCAAUACACUGAAUUGUCUUUAUAAUCAAAUUAUACAGCAA